AUGGUAAAAGGUGUUCGUCUCAACGUCUGCCUGGCUAUGGUCUAUAUGGCAUUUGUCACUGUACAUCUAACUAGUUGCCUUGGUGCGCAAAUUAAAAAAAAUACAUACUACAAUAAUGGACUUGGGGCGUACAGCUUUGAGUAUGAAACAUCAGAUGGCAGCUAUAGAAGAGAAGAGGGAGGUCUGGUUUCUAAAGGAGAUACUCGUUAUCUGGUGGUACGAGGAGAAUACGGUUAUAAAGACUCGCAAGGAAAGAAGUUUUCAAUGACGUACUUAGCUGAUGCUAAUGGUUACCGGCCCAGCAUCAAUAGCAACCACAUCAGAUUCAACGAUAGAAGAAUUAUUUGA